AUGAAUAAUAAAAAGACAUCAGUAGAACAGCUCAUCUCAUGCCCUAUCUGCUCCAAAAGGGUAUUCUUUUCUCAAAUCAAUUCACAUCUUGAUACAUGUGGCAAAGAAAAGUCAAAAUCUGCCAGUAGGCCACAAACUGUGUCAAGUCUUUUGGCAGGUCCGAAAAAGAGGAAACAAAGCUGUACCGAGAAAGUUAUAGAUCUUGAUAAGGACGAUGAUGAAGCUGUAGCUGUUGUAAAGAAUGAGUACGAGAGCAUUGAGAAUGUUGAAAGCGAAAACAAAAGAUUCAAGACAGCACAAUCUACAGAACUAGGGACGACAAUAGUGAGUCCAACCCUUAAUAAAAAUCAACAGUAUCAGAACGACUAUGAAAUCAGAUGGCUGCAAAAAAUAAGCCAUUUACCAUUGAGUGAAAAACUAAGGCCGAAAGAGUUACGAGAAUACGUUGGACAGCAGCAUAUUCUCUCUCAUGAGAAUGGUACGCUAUACAAAUACAUAAAACAAGGUACGAUUCCAUCUAUGAUACUCUGGGGUCCUCCGGGUGUUGGAAAGACAUCGUUAGCUAGACUACUGACGAAGACCGCAACAACUAGUAAUAGUGAAUCGAAAGCUGGUUCCAAAUAUUUUAUGAUUGAAACAAGUGCUACAAAAGCAAACACGCAAGAAUUAAGAGGUAUAUUUGAAAAAUCGAAAAAGGAAUUUCAAUUGACUAAGAGAAGAACUGUACUCUUUAUUGAUGAAAUUCAUAGAUUCAAUAAAGUUCAACAGGACUUAUUAUUGCCACAUGUAGAGAACGGUGAUAUUGUUUUGAUUGGUGCAACGACAGAAAAUCCGAGUUUUCAGUUAAAUAAUGCACUGAUUAGUAGAUGCUUGAUUUUUGUCUUGGAAAAGUUGAAUGUCAAUGAGCUUUGUAUUGUCCUAUCGAGGGGUAUUGCGUUAUUGAAUAAAUGCAGGAAACAGAUUUGGAACGUUGACCGUCCUUUAAAACUAUCUAGAAGCAUAUCGGAAUAUGUGGUAGAUUUGUCUGUGGGUGAUACAAGAAGGGCACUAAACAUGUUAGAAAUGAUCGAAGUUUCUACAAGGGAACGUAAAUCGGACAAUGAAGAAUUAUCCAUCGAUGAUAUACGAGACAUAAUCAAGAAUAACAGCAGCAAUGGGUUGAAUACCUAUUAUGAUCCAAAGGGCGAUAACCACUAUGAUACGAUCUCGGCGUUUCAUAAAGCCAUCAGAGGAGGGGAUGAAAACGCUUCUUUAUAUUAUUUAGCAAGAAUGCUGCAAGGCGGAGAAGAUCCAUUGUAUAUUGCCAGAAGGAUGAUUCGAAUAGCUUCUGAAGAUAUCGGACCACGGGAUAACUCAUUAUUGCCUUUGGCUGUCGCAGCGCAUGAUGCAGUGAUGAAAGUUGGUUUACCUGAAGCAGACCUUGCUCUAGCACAGUGUUGUGUUGCUUUGGCCAGAGCACCCAAGUCAGUGGAACUCUACAGGGCUUGGAAAAAGCUCAAGGCCAUGAUGAACGAAAACAUGUAUAGUUUGGCGAGCAGUGAAAUACCGAUGCACAUUAGGAAUGCGCCAACUAAAUUGAUGGAGGAGUUAGGAUAUCAUAAAGGUUACAAAUACAAUCCCGAUUACAUCAGUGGCAUAGUCCAGCAAGAAUACUUUCCUGACGAAGUCCUUGAGAAAUGUCCAAAUAAGGAUGAUUUGAAGUUUCUGGAUGGUAAACACUUGGGAGAUAAAAAAGACCCAGAUUUGAAAGAGACCAAAUAG